AUGAACAUGAAGCCGCCCCCGUCCUCCUGCCUCCUCCUCGGCGCCCCUCUUGCGCUCCUCGUCGUCGUUUUCGUAUUCCCAGCCCUCCACCCUCCCCAACUCGGCUCCGAUGGGGCCGGGGCCCUCUGCGGCAGACGCGCCACCACCACCAACGUCGCCGCCGUCACACCGCCGCAGGACCUGGAGCCCGAGCUCAGCCUGCUGAUCGGCGUCCUCACCAUGCCGAGCCGGCUGGAGCGCCGGGACAUCGUGCGGAUGGCCUACGCGCUGCAGCCGCCGGCCUCGCGGGCGCGCGUGGACGUCCGCUUCGUGUUCUGCAAUGUGACCGACCCGGUGGACGCGGCGCUGGUGGCGCUGGAGAUCAGGCGGCACGGCGACAUCCUGGUGCUGGACUGCGCCGAGAACAUGAACGACGGCAAGACGCACGCGUACCUCUCCUCCGUGCCGCGGCUCUUCGCGUCCGACCCCUACGACUACGUGAUGAAGGCCGACGACGACACGUACCUGCGCGUGGCCGCGCUCGUGGAGGAGCUCCGGGGCAAGCCCCGCGCCGACCUGUACCUCGGCCGCGGCUUCCCCGUCGGCGACGACCCCGCGCCGUUCAUGCACGGGAUGGGGUACGUCGUGUCGUGGGACGUCGCGGAGUGGGUGUCCGGCAACGAGGACAUCCUGCGGAACAACGACACGCGCGGCCAUGAGGACCGGCUCCUCGGCAAGUGGCUCAACGCCGGCGGCAGGGGGAAGAACCGGUACAAUCUCAAGCCCAGGAUGUACGACGUCCACUGGGACGUCGACAACUUCUGGCCGGACACCGUCGCCGUGCACAGGCUCAAGGACAACCGCCGGUGGGCGGCGGUGUUCAGGUACUUCAACGUCACCGCCGGAAUCACUCCGUCCAACCUGUAUCACCUGCCAUGA